AUGACAGUGAAACUGGCCGGACCCUGCGACGUACGGCACUGCUGCAGGUGCAAUCUCCAUUGUUACGACAGCCUUGACCAUUUACUGAACCAAGUAGUAGCACAUGCUACUCCCAGCUUACCAAGAAGCACUACUAAUCACAUCCAAGAUGUGCAUACACGCACCACCUCCCCUGGGUACACAGCUGCCGCAGGAGCGCUCAAGGACAGCUUGUGCACGCGGGCACAGCGGCUCAGCAGUGGCAAGCAGGGACGGAGUCCGGCGCAGCUGGCAGCGAUGCGUCGGGUUUCGCCGGCGUGUGGACACAACGGCAUGCUACCCGGCCAUCACGGGACGUGGCGGAAAGAGAGCCGGUCUCGGCCACUGGAGUAUACUGCGGCCGAAGCGGCGUCGGGCUAUGUCAAUUUUGGAGGCGGCGACUCAGAGGUGCCCCAAAAAAUUGGCAACAGAGAGGCGGACCACGGUCAGAGGACCAGGCAGUGGCGACUUAACCUCGACCAUGAAGGUAGGCGGCGCUCGGCCACAGUGGAGCAGGCGGCUCGUCACGCCGAAGGCGAGGCGGAGCAGGGCGGCUCUCCGGUGGCCCGGAGCAGCAGUGGAAGCGGUGACUGCGGGGGCGCAGAGGUGGCUUGGCGCUGCUCGGUGGAGCAAGGGCGCGAUGGCGGCUCAGAGGAGCGAAGGUGCGGCCGUGCUGAGAUGGCUUGA